UUCCUCCAUCAAGCUUCACCCCGCAAUCUCAGCAUUACCCAAACAUUCAGCACUACGUCACGAAUCAUGGCUCCAGAAUACAAGCUCAAAGGCCUCACCAGCCUCGAUCUGAAGUCUGGCGAGAAGAGAGAAGUCGAAGUCGAGGGCAUCGAGGAGGGAAAGGUGCUGCUAUUGAACGUGGGAGGAAAGACUACCGCUUUGGGAAGCAAGUGUACCCACUAUGGAGCCCCGCUGGUAAAGGGAGUUCUGACUGGUGAUGGAAGGAUUACUUGCCCAUGGCAUGGAGCUUGCUUCAAGGCUUCAAACGGAGACAUUGAGAAUGCACCUGCCAUCGAUGCCCUGCCCUCCUUCCAAUUGUCCGAAAAGAAUGGUGGGGUCUACAUCACUGGUGAACAACAAAGCAUCAAGGGCAGCCGAAGAAAGCCAAAUAUCAAGAUCACAGGGACUGCUGGCUCAGAGAAGGUGGUUAUUGUUGGUGGAGGAAGUGGAGCUCUUGGAACAUUGGAAGCACUUCGCGAGAACGGUUUCAAGGGAGCAAUUACGUUGAUUGGAAGUGAAGGAUACCCCCCGAUCGACCGGACCAAGCUAUCGAAAGCUCUCAUCGACGACCCAUCCAAGAUUGCUCUUCGAGAUGAAGCUUGGUUCAAGGAAGGCUCAAUCAAUUAUGUCAAUGAUGAGGUCACUGAUGUUGACUUUUCUACCAAGAAAGUUUCAACAAAGGGAGGAAGCUCAUUCCCAUACACGAAGCUGGUCUUAGCUACUGGAGGAUCUCCCAAGAGUCUACCCCUACCAGGUUUCAAGGACCUGAGCAACAUCUUUCUCCUUCGCACAAUCCCACAUGUUAAGGCUAUCCUCGGAGCUAUCGGAGAUAAGAACAAGAAGAUAGUCAUCAUCGGAAGUUCUUUCAUUGGCAUGGAAGUCGCCAAUGCUGUCGCCAAGGAUAACGAUGUUACAGUUGUUGGAAUGGAAAAGGCUCCAUUGGAGAGGGUUAUGGGUGAAGAAGUCGGUAGGAUCUUCCAAAAGACCCUCGAGAAGAACGGUGUCAAGUUCAAGCUCAGCGCUGGUGUCGAAAAAGCCGUUCCCUCAAAGUCCAACUCGUCAAAUGUCGGUGGCAUUCUCCUCAAAGAUGGCACAACCCUCGAAGCUGAUCUCGUGAUCCUCGGCACUGGUGUUGGACCAGCCACCACUUUCCUAAAGGACAAUAAAGCUGUGGAGCUACAAAAAGAUGGUUCUCUCAAGACUGAUGAGAACUUUGUUGUCUCAGGCCUGAAGGAUGUCUACGCCAUUGGCGACAUUGCUACCUACCCCUACCAUGGUCCCGGAGGUGACGGCGCGCUGACACGCAUCGAGCACUGGAAUGUAGCUCAAAACGCCGGUCGUGGAGCAGCAGCUCACAUCGUCGACCCAUCUGCGCCUCCAAAGGCAUUCAUCCCAAUUUUCUGGUCAGCACUCGGAAGCCAGCUGCGUUACUGCGGUAACACCGUAAAUGGAUGGGACGAUUUGGUUCUUACUGGGAGCCCUGAAGAGGCAAAGUUCGUGGCGUACUAUACAAAGGGCGAGACAGUGGUUGCGGUUGCGAGUAUGCAAGUUGAUCCGGUUAUGGCACAGUCUAGUGAACUCAUGCGGAGGGGCAAGAUGCCGAGUAAAAGUGAGCUGAAGAAGGGGGUUGAUCCGCUUAGUAUUAGCGUGCCGGCUGAGUUGCAGAUUUGA